ACAGGUUCACAUCGCUCAGUACGUCAUGCGCACCACCGUUUCCUGGUCGAUAUAUUUGUCAAUGAUUAAACGGGGCAGCCUAGUCGCGCUGUAGAGUUCUCUCCGGGAGUCAACAGUGCUACUUGAGACUAAAGCCGUCAUGGAUCUCGGACAACACCUUCUGCUGGGGCUGCUUGUGUCAGUGGUGAUACAUACAGGGAGGGUUUCUACAGCCGAGUUCAACGUUGUGAUUGUCCAGCCACGAAACGCGGAGUACAAGUGGACAGACACAAGCCUGGCGCAUGUCACUAUGGACCAGGUAGAGCCCGCCGUCCAACUGGCCAUAAGGAGUGUGGGAGAAAUGGGAAUGUUAGGACAGCACAACUUCACUACACAUACAGUGGAUUCGGAAUGCAGUCAUUACAUGACGCUGGUCCGACUUGUGGACCUGUACUACAAAGCUAACGUUCGGCCUGACGUUCUGAUCGGCCCGACGUGCACCUACGCGGUGGGGCACGCCGGGCGACUGGCCAGCCACUGGGCCGUCCCGAUCAUAUCUGCCGGGGGGCAGCCGUCGGCGCUCCGUAAUAAGACAGGUGGGUACCACGGCGAGUACAAGACCCUAACUAGAAUGGGAGUCACCUAUAACAAGAUGGCGAACGUUGUUGUGGAACUUCUCUGGAAAUACAACUGGAAACGUGUAGCCUUAGUACACUAUGACGCCAGGAACCAGCAGAAUGACUGCAAAUACGGCGCUCAGGCAAUCAAGGAAAAACUCGACCGGAUCCGCAGCAACACGACCCUAGACGAGAGGGUCCCGGCCGGCAAGGACCCGAUUGACUUGGUGCUUGACAAGUCGUACGAUAAGGAUUCCAACCUUUCUUACGACAACUUUCUUGUCGAGCUAGCAGAGAGAGCUAGAGUUGUCAUCACCUGCACGCCUAUCAGUGAUCUCCAGGAGAUGAUGCGAGCUGCAAAAAACCGCGGCAUGACCGACGGAAGAUUCGUCUUCAUCGCCAUCGAUCCGGAGUUUGAAGGGAUGUACUAUGGUACUCACCUGUGGAAGACAGGACCUGUUGGCUUGUGGCCACUGAAUCGUAAGAACAAUGCGAAAGAUGUCAGCAAAUCUUACAGAGGCAGGAAAGGGGAUAGAUGCAUAUGGGUGGGCAACUGGAACAAUGGCACCAUGGCCAACACAGAGUAUGCUGAAGGUCCUGACGGAGUGUCAUCUGUUGUCUUCACUGGCUCACCUGUCUCCAAGAUGGUCAUCCCGAACAACGGGAGCAUUUUGGACGUCCGGCAGUCUUUGACGGUGUUGGUCAAGAUCAACGGAAGUGUGAACGGCAACGGUACCAUCUUCAGCUAUGAUGGAAGUGGUAUGGAGCUUCGGCAGCAGGAUGGUAAAGGCUUGUCAGCAAGGUUUGUACGGAGAGAUGGUCAUUUUCUAAAACAAGUAAAAAAAGACGACGUCCUGACUCCAGACGAAUGGAACUACAUCGGUGUCUCGUACGAUUAUCGAACCGGGAUCGCCAAACUGUGGCACGACGGGAAAGAGGUGGCAGGCGAGUCCAUCGGCAUCGUCGACCUGCGCACCCAGGGUGACAUCACGGUCGGUGAACAGUUCAAGGGCCGCAUCACCUGUCUCCAGGUGUAUAACUACGCCAUGGACGACAGUCAGAUAGAAGCGGCGAAAGACGCAUGUGAAGAUAGAAAAGAUGAAUUUGUAGAUUCUUGCGACGAGGAAGAACUCCUGGAAGCGUUUCGUUCCGUCCUCGCUAUCACCCUGCGAAAACCGGCAACUGAAGAGUUCAAAGAUUUCGUCAAGAAGCUGGAAGACAGAGGGGUUAAGGAGAAUCAUUACGUCACGGCGUAUCACGACUCGAUGGUGCUGUUCGCCACGGCACUGAACGAGACCAUCGCCGCAGGAGCCAACCCGGCUGACCUCAAGGAGAACGGCUCGCUCAUCCUGAAGAACAUGUGGAACCGCACAUUUCAGGGUGCUGGAAAAGACAACAUCAGCAUUGACGAGCUAGGUGACAGGGACACUGAUUACACUAUUGUCGAGAUGGACAAGGAAUCUGGAAAUUUCAAGCCUUUCUGGGAUUAUAUGGGUUUUACCAAGACGCUGAAACAAGUUAACCCCAACCAGACAAUGGACUGGCCAGGUGCCACACCCCCUGACCCGGAGCCCUGCGGUCUUCGAGGAUCCAACGGUGUCCCACCAACAGAAGAUUGCCCAAGUAAGUCAUUGACAUAGCAUCGCUAUCGUUUGGUCGU